AUGGAUGAGUUCACUAGGAACCUCGUCAGUCUUUCAGAAGCCCAUGUUAAGGUCGAGAGAAACUUAACUGAACCCCUCCCCUCUUCGGUGGAGAUUCAACGAGAAAGUGGAGAAAUAAUAACAAUCUCAGUCGAGUAUCCUUGGGUUCCCCCCACUUGUUCUCACUGCAAAGAUAUAGGUCACGUAAUUCGCUAUUGUCCCUCAGUUGCACCGUCCUGGGUCCAGAAACAAAAGACUAAUGAAAAACCUCUUCCCAAAGGACAUAAUGCGGAAACACCACCUUUUCAUGCUCCCACGAGUAGUUCUAUCCCUGACCCUGGAGCUUCCUCUGGUCUCUCUUCAGGUUGCUCCCCCCUUCCUCCUUCCCCACCCACCUCUCUUGUUUCAGAAACCCUUCCUCCUGCUGUUCAGUUUUCCGUACCUCAGGAGAAAACCACUACUAAUCACCCUAUCCGACCCCAAUCCAAAGCAAAAGCUAGGAAACCACCCACUACACAAAACAAGUCCACUCCCUUGCGAAACAACUCCAUCCCAAUCUCCACUAACCCUUUUGACAUCCUAACUAAUCAACCACCGCCUUCCCACAUUCCAAACCCAUCCUCAGAAACACCUCCAUCCCCAAAUGUCUUGCCUAACCCGCCUAACCCACCUACUUCCCCCCUCCCGCCUUCAGCCAUGCAAAUUGACCCACCUACCUCUUCUGACCCUAAUAGUCCUACUCUGGCGAAUCUCCCACAUAAGGGAGAGGAUCCAAAUCACCUAUAA